GCGCGUCUCUGUCGCUCGGGCGCGCGGCGGAAGAUGGCGGAGUCCGGUGGCGGCAGUGGCUCUGGCCAGAGUCCCGAGCGCCCGAGCAGGUGAGUCCCGCGCCUCCGUGGGCACGCACCUCUCGGCUGGGGCGCCGCCGACCUGGGACCGCCAGAGCGUGAUCGUUCCGGGACUCCGGCUGCCACGGCCCUGAGCCAGCGUGCAGGCCUGAAAGCAGGCUGAGGCCCGGCGUCUGGGGGCCUGGGAAGGUGACAGACGCGGGAGGCUGUACGAAGACCUCGGGGCCCGGCGGGGGCCCAGGCGUGCCUGGAGGAGACACGGAAGCCACCUGGCGACCUCCACAGGCCCGAUGCACAGGGAGCUGUCUAGGGGCCUGGCAGGGAACCCGAGGCCUGGGCAUGUCUGCAGGGGGAUAUUGAGGCCAGUCACCUGGGGGCCUGGGCAUGCCCGGGAGACCUCAACAGGUCCUGAUUUGCAGGAAACUGUCCAGGGGCCUGCCUGGCUGACAGGAGUGGGACCCUCAAGUGCACCUUCUCAGCAGCCGGCCAUAGCACCGGCCUCCUGCAGGGCCUGGCUGCUCUCCGUGCACAGGGCCAGCUGCUCGACGUGGUCCUCACUGUCGACAGUGAGCCCUUCCCUGCACACAAGGUGGUCCUGGCAGCCUGUAGUGACUACUUUAGGGCCAUGUUCACCGGCGGCAUGCGCGAGGCCAGCCAGGCGGCCAUCCAGCUGCAGGGUGUGUCUGCACGAGGCCUGCGCCACAUCAUUGACUUUGCCUACAGUGCAGAGGUGACACUGGACCUGGACUGCGUGCAGGAUGUGCUGGGCGCUGCUGUAUUCCUGCAGAUGCUGCCAGUGGUGGAGCUGUGCGAGGACUUCCUGAAAGCCGCCAUGAGCGUGGAGACAUGCCUGCACAUCGGCCAGAUGGCCACCACCUUCAGCCUGGCAUCGCUACGGGAGUCGGUAGACGCCUUCACCUUCCGACACUUCCUGCAGAUUGCGGCAGAGGAGGACUUCCUGCGCCUGCCACUUGAGCGCCUUGUCUUCUUCCUGCAGAGUAACCGGCUGCAGAGCUGCGCCGAGAUUGACCUGUUCCGUGCUGCAGUGCGCUGGCUGCAGCAUGAUCCAGCCCGCCGUGCCCGGGCCAGCCUCGUGCUGCGCCACGUGCGCUUCCCGCUCAUGCAGCCCUCGGAGCUGGUGGACAGCGUGCAGACACUCGACGUCAUGCUGGACGACGCCCUGUGUCGCCAGUAUCUGCUGGAGGCCUUCAGCUACCACGUGCUGCCCUGUCGCCAGCAUGACAUGCAGUCACCGCGUACGGCGGUACGUUCGGAUGUAGCUUCCCUGGUGGCCUUCGGAGGCACGCCCUAUACUGACAGCGACCGAGCGGUCAGCAACAAGGUGUUCCAGCUGCCUGAGCCUGGGGCCCGCCACUUCCGCGAGCUCACGGAGAUGGAGCUGGGCUGCAGCCACGCGGGCGUGGCUGUGCUAGAUAACUUCGUGUACGUGGCAGGCGGCCAGCACCUGCAGCACCGCAGCGGCGAGGGCGCUGUGGACGCCUGCUAUCGCUACGACCCGCAGCGCAAUCGCUGGUUGCGGCUGCGGGCACUGCACGAGAGCCGAGUGCAGUUCCAGCUCACAGCGCUGGGUGGGCUGCUGUAUGCCACGGGCGGUCGCAAUCGCGCAGGCAGCCUGGCUUCCGUGGAGCGCUACUGCCCGCGCCGUGACAGCUGGGACUUCGCCUGUCCGCUCAAGCGGCGCACUUGGGGCCAUGCGGGCGCUGCAGCUGCUGGCCGCCUCUACAUCUCAGGCGGCUAUGGUGUCUCUGCUGAGGACAAGAAAGCACUGCAGUGCUAUGAUCCUGCGACUGACCGCUGGGAACCCAGGGCGCCCAUGCGCGAGCCCCGCGUGCUGCAUGCUAUGCUGGGGGCCGCUGGCCGCAUCUACGCCCUAGGCGGCCGCAUGGACCACGUGGACCGCUGUUUCGAUGUGCUGGCGGUGGAGUACUAUGUGCCCGAUGCCGACCAGUGGACUAGCGUGGCCCCUAUGCGCGCCGGCCAGUCGGAGGCUGGCUGCUGCCUGCUGGAGAGGAAGAUCUACAUCGUGGGUGGUUACAACUGGAGGUUAAACAACGUCACGGGCAUUGUGCAGGUGUACAACACCGAGACAGACGAGUGGGAGAGAGACCUGCACUUCCCCGAGUCUUUCGCGGGCAUCGCUUGCGCGGCUGUCCUGCUUCCCCGCGCCGGUCACGGGAGGUAGCUCUGAUCCCAGCCUGGCUGUGUUCCCCACGAGUGUCGGAGCCCUAGUACUGGGGGCCCCCACCUCUCAACCCUGAGCCAGCAGAGCCAUCUGGUCUCAGAGGUUUGCUCGCCACGGCAGCUACUGCCCAACGUGUGUCUGCUCUGUCCUGUGUGGCUCAACCUCUGUUUCCCUCAACCCUGGCCAGACACUCAGAAGUAAGCUUGUAGAUGCAAAAUAGCCAAGUCCCCAUGGGAACCGCCCCUGGCUGGCGAAAAUCCCUGCCGGCCACCAAGCCUGACAACACAGUUAUAUCUUGGGACCCACGAGGCAGAAAGAGAAAGCGACUUCUUAGAAUUGCCCUCUGAUCUCCACGUGGGCACACAAUCGAGUGUAAUUUAAGAUUGUCCAUCAGCUCUCCUGGUGCCUGGGCAGCAUUCAGGAUGCAGGAGCCAGAGGGAGCCCCAGAGGCACCCUGACAGGUGGCAGGUACAGAGACACAUGUCUUUACCCCCAGUUUCCUGGCCCUCCUUGAUGUGUGCACUCCAGGGGUACACUCCAGAAGCAUCCCCAAGAGGCUCUCUGGUCUCUACGUGUGUCAUCUGCCUUUAUAAGAAGACAGCCAAGUGAGUUCAGUGGCCUGUUCCAGUGCUCUGGAGGCUGGGGUGGGGGGAUUAUUGCAGGUUCUAGGCCAGCCAGGGCCACUGAGAGCAAUCUUGUCUCAGAACAAAAGUCAGCUGUGUCAGGUGUGCCUGUCUUUCUGCAAGAGUAACCUGAGGUUGUGGAGGAAAAUAAAUGACCUGUCUACCA